GUGCCGAGCUCUGCAGCAGCGUGCGGAAAGAAUUCGAGCUUGAGCGGGCUCAAAUCAGGCACGAUGUGGUGCAACCCGUGGCUGCGCUGACCGCGGCCUUGGAUCGGCUUCCUUCUAGGCUGGAUGAUCCUCUGAAGCGCAUUGUCAAAUCGGAGGUCCUUCCCUACCUUGAGUCCUAUGCUGCCACCGCGAACCGCUUGGAGGGUGACCUCUCA